GUGGCUUGUCACUGGCAGCGGUCUAGAUUCGAUGGCGCUCCAGUAUAUGGUGAUUAUGGUUAAUGUGCGCCUACAAUACCCCCCGGUAACCUUCAGCACCACAGACUGUGGCAAGGUACAGCAGUUCGACCCUGAUCUCCACUCCGACGUGGGCGGCGAGGGCGUUCGCCGGGGGCAAGAGUGCAUCACUGUGUUUCCCGCCAUCAUGACGGGCGAGAAGAUUUGCACGGUCGGCUAUACGCUGGUCAACAUGGAGGCGAUGGAACCGCGAGCGGGCGAGCCCUGCUCAGCACAGGGCUACUGCGGCGAGUUUGGAAGCCCUUCUGGAUACUCCUGAAGAGUGUUUCAGUCCUUGCACGAAAUUAAUCUCAUUGAGGUUCUUCUGGAGAAAAGACGAGUUCACGCUCAUCUGGCAGGAGAUGGGACAGCUAAUCAUCUCACGGAGGAGCUACCGCGCGAAGCGAGACGGGUGUUUCUACAUCAGCAGUUAUCGGCAACACCUACCAGACCAGGGCGCGAUUCGUUGGCAGCAUGUUUUGUCGAUUGUUCCAAAGAUUUCAGCAACUGCUGUUUCAGACGUAAACGGGUGCGAUCAUUUUUCUUGUUUGGGGUGGGAGAGGAUUGGAAGUGUUCAAUAGGAGGCGCUCGCAUGGUGUUGUUUUGUUAUUACGGGAAUACAUGCUGUCGUACAAACACUUCGUUUAUGUUGGUUUGUGUGCGUUCGGCCGCGCUUAAAAACGUACAAGUAUCAAGUACCGAAAAUGUUUGGUUUGUGGAACUUGGUGAAGAUACGGUCUGAGCAAUGGAUAAAGAGAUACGCAGUUUGGGGAGUUUGUGGCCAUGUAUGUCGUGGGGACCCUUCCAACCCUGGACAGACCACUGUUCUGUCUAUCCGACAAUAAUACAAUAGCAUGUAUACACCAAGGCCCCUCAGACAAGAGUCCGCAGCGAGUCAAAAGAGACUUCGUGCCAGCACACAAACGUGAUUCUUUUGCUAUGAUUCGUGUAUCUUCUUUUAAAUUUUUUCCCUCGCGCUUCUUCUCAGCGCGAAGGGCAUUCCUUGUUUCUUGUGUUUCCUCUGCUUGAUUAUUAGGCGUGCCGGUGUACGCGGCUCCCUGGGCUUUGGAAGUAUUGAGUUUUCCUGGAGAAUUCGACAUCAACGGAAAUAUUCGAGACGCAUUUCAUUGCUUCGCAGUGCACUUGUCCUUUGUGAUGCUCACUCAACAUACAUGGCAGUCUCUGUAGACCAUCUUUGUUGUGUAACUUCGACUUGGGUUGAAAUGCAGUAGUCGGCGUUCCCCUUGUGCGAGGAUGUUUUUCCUGUCCCAGCAACGCAACUCCUGUUAACAGCAGCCGUGCAUGUUUAAUAUUCUU